AUGGCUGAUAUAUUUAUUCAUUCUAGUUUUCUCAUCUGUAAGACUCAAACCCUAGUAUUGUCUAAAAUUUCCAAAAUAAAAUCCAAAAAACCUAGACGACAACUUACAAAACAUAACAAAAAUAUCUUGGGGGGAAAGGCAGCAGUGGCAGCCAUGAGCUUUACACAUGUCGUGUUGCUGCCAAAAAGUUACAGUGCUCUGCUAAUCACCCGCUCACGUCAUGGAAAACAGAACGCUUGGAUGAUCAAAAAGAAACAGCACGACACCCCUAAAAGAUACAGCAACCUGUGGGAAAGGUUAUGGCCCAUGAGUGAAAGCCCAGGAAAUCUUGCGCCACAGCGAGAAGCCAGCUUUUGCAUUCACAAACAUGAGUUGCACCGAUUUAUCCAUUUAUCUUCACUAUUUUAA